AUGCGUACGGUUAUUUUAUUUUGCUUGGCCUUCAUCUUUGCAACAGCUGUAAUUGCUGCCGAAGAGGGAUUUACAACUUAUAUUCUCGGAAUUUCUGAACCUGUAACCAAGGACAAAAUUAAGCAAGCCAAGGCGGAUAUCAAAAAGGCUGGUGGUGAAGUCACCAACGAAAUCACUUUAGGUAUGCAUGCUCUCAUCGUAUCUCUUCCUUCCGAUCGUGUACAAGCUCUUGAUAACAAGGACUACAUUGGCUUCAUGGAAAAAGAUCAAAUCGUUCAUGCGCUCGAACAGUAA